AUGGCUGAGGAGACUUCCCAGCCAAAAUUUAAGAGGAUGUAUGUUAGGUUCAAUGCUCAGAAGGUAGGAUUUUUAGGUGGAUGCAUGCCAUUUAUAGGUUUAGAUGGUUGUCACAUAAAGCACAGAUUUGGUGGGGAAAUCUUAUCUGCCACUGCCAAGGAUGCAAAUGACAACAUUUUUCCAGUAGCCAUGGCUGUUGUGGAACAAGAAACUAGGGAGUCUUGGAUAUGGUUUUUGGAAAUUUUUGCUGAUGAUAUAGGGAGGCCAGAGGAGCUUCAGUUGGUCUUCAUUUCUGAUAGGCAAAAGGGGCUUAUUCCUGCAAUAGAGACACUAUUCCCUACCGUGGAGCAUAGAUACUGUGUGAAACACAUUUACAACAAUUUCAAAGUUGAUCACAAGGGAUUGGAGCUGAAGGAUGCAUUGUGGAGGUGUGCUGCUGCCACAACAGUAAGGGAGUUUGAGAGAUGCAUGCAGUACAUAAGGGAUUUGGAUGAAAAGUUUAGGGACAAGCCUAUCUUGGCAAUGUUGGAGUGGAUUAGGGUUAGACUUAUGACUAGGCUUUACACAAAAAGGGAAGGGAUACAGAAGUAUGCUGGAAAGUUGUGUCCAAGCAUACAAGAUAGGUUGGAGAAAUUGAAGGUUCAAAGUAAGGCAUUUAGUGCUACCCCAGCUGGUAGUUUCCUUUAUGAGGUAGGCACCAUUUAUACAAACAUUGAGACAACAGAAGACUAUACCCACCCAUGCUACUUCAAAGAAACUUACAUGGAGACAUACAAGGAGGUACUUCCUCCCAUGCCUGGCCAGUCAAAAUGGGCUGAGACUGGACAGCCUGCUCCCCUGGCACCUCACAUAUACAAACCACCAGGCAGACCACCCAAGCAAAGAAAGAGGGCUUCUGAUGAGCUUAGGAACCCUUACAAAGCAAGUAGACUGAACAGACCUGUAAGAUAUGGGAAAUGCAAAAAGGAAGGGCAUAAUUCAAGAGGGUGCAAGGCUGGCAUUACUGGGGAGACACCAUGA